CAAGAGCUGCAGGGGAACGGAAUAGCACUGAGGGAAAGGUGUGAGCUGCUCUGGCUGGGGUGGCUCUGAGUGGGCAGAGACCUCUCUGUGUCAGCCUGGGCCUGUGCCCUGGGAAAGCUUGUUCUCUCACUCCUCAUGCCAUCUUCCCUGUUAUGAAAUGGGAUGCUAAUUUUAGUCCUACAGGGAUCCAGAGACAUUUUGCUUGGCUUCCACCAAUUAAGUAAAAAACUGAAGAUGCCCUGAAGGGAGGGAGAGAUGCCAAGAGAGGAGGGAUAAGAGGAGCCUCAGUCCCACUGUCCCUGACAUACCACGACCUCUGGAGUCCUGUUUCUUCAUUCUGGUUCAAUAUUAACCCAGCGGGGUUGUGACUCCACUUAUUCUGCUCCCUGUGCAUUUCCCUGCAGCCAGGGCUGUACAGCAUGGCGCACAACAAAACCAGCGUGCUGAGGGGCCUGCUCUUUUCCAGCCUUCUGCACCUCACACUGAGCCAUGCUGGAGGUAAGACUCAAUGGCAGAGGGAGAAGGGCAGUACCAGUGGGUGACAGAAGGAAGAAAGAUGGGGUUAUUUCUUUCCAGGGGUAAAUCCAGUGGCAGGUUUUCUCGGUAAGGCAGGAGGAGCUUCUAAAAGCUUGAAGUUGGGAGUGAAAGGGUGCCAAGAGUAGAGCGAGCAAUAGGGCUUUCCUGCACAGGAGGAUGCAGCAGCAGCCAGCAGCUGGCAGGGAUGGCUGGUGACAAGAGCUCAGCGGAUUUUGCAGGUCACCUGGGAGACAGUGGGGAAGGGGAAUGUGGCUCAGCCCAGGACCUUGUGUAGCACAACUGUGAGCCUUUUUGGGCUAGAGUUCCUCAGCUGGCCUGGGUGGCUGCAAUUCUCCAUUGCCUCCCCAGCUGUCCCUUAUCUAAACUUUAGGUCAUACGCAGUAUGCAGCCUUCCUGCUCGCUGUUCCUUAUCUCUUAUCAGAGCCUCUACUUCAUCUAUCUUUUCUUAAUAUGAGGUUAGGUCCUCUCUGACCCACUGCUGUGUGUGGGAAGACCUGUCUACAGGUCUAAAAUCAGGGUCUCUGAACACGAAGAUGGAACCAAGCUGUGCCUAUUGCAGUGGUCUGAGGUUGACAAGACAGAAAUACAGUGGCUGGCAGGGAGCAGUAGCAGGCUCCAAGCAAAAACAAGCCUCUACCUAACUGCAAAUGAGCAGAGCAGCUUUUGUGAGGCUAGCAGAGGGAUCAUGUCGCUGCUGUUGCCUGAGUGAUGCCAGCCCUGACAGAUGAGUUAUAGAGAGCCUGCUCUAAUCAUCAGGUGGGAACCUGAUGGCUUCUCCUCUGCACUGGGGGAAGCUGGUCUGUGGGAUCAACACAUCAGCUGUGUGUGAUUUUUGGAAACUGCAAGGGGAGACAAGGCCCCCCCGCUGCGAGCACCUCUUUGACUGGCAAUGUUCUGAUCUGUUAGUUUUCAUGGAAAAGGGGCAGGCACUGUCACUGCUCAAACGCCCACGACGUGCUAACAAGGGAUUUCUGGAAGAGAUGCUUAAGGGAAACCUGGAGCGAGAGUGCCUGGAGGAGACGUGCAGUUACGAGGAGGCUUUUGAAGCCCUUGAAUCCACUGUUCAGACGGAGGCAUUUUGGUCAAAAUACCAAGUAUGUCAGGGAGCGAGAAAGUCCAGGACAGUUCUGGAUGCUUGUCUAGAAGGUAACUGCUCUCUUGGUCUGGGCAAGAACUAUCGGGGGACAAUUAGCUACACCAAAUCAGGGAUUGAAUGUCAAGUGUGGACAAGCAAAUAUCCACAUAUACCUAAAUUUAAUGCCACCAUUUAUCCAAACCUCAUUGAGAACUACUGCAGGAACCCAGACAACAACACAGAAGGGCCAUGGUGCUACACCCGAGACCCAACGGUGCAACGGGAGGAGUGUCCCAUCCCACUGUGUGGUCAAGAAGGGACAACAGUUGAAUUUACUCCACGGGCCACAUCACCAGCCCUGGUGGAGUCCUGUGAACAAGAGAAAGGGAUGCUUUACACCGGGACCCUUGCUGUCACUGUGUCUGGAGCCAAAUGCUUGCCGUGGAACUCUGAGAAAGCCAAAGAGGUGCUCCGUGGAAAACACAUCGAUCCAGAGGUGAAGCUGCUGGAGAAUUACUGUCGGAAUCCCGACGGAGACGAUGAGGGUGUCUGGUGUGUCACAGAUGAACCGCCCAACUUUGAAUAUUGUGAUCUGCACUACUGCGACAGCUUGUUAGAGGAUGGGAACGAACAGUUGGAGGCAAUGUCAGGACGUACUACCCUUUCUCAAGAGUUCAAAACCUUCUUUGAUGACAAAACUUUUGGUUCAGGUGAAGCAGACUGCGGCACUCGUCCUUUAUUUGAGAAGAAAAACAUAGUGGACAAAAGUGAGAAGGAGCUGCUGGAGUCCUACAGAGGAAGCAGAAUUGUGCAUGGGGACGAUGCAGAAGUUGGCAGUUCCCCCUGGCAGGUGAUGCUCUACAAAAAGAGUCCUCAAGAGCUGCUGUGUGGUGCCAGCCUCAUCAGUGACAGCUGGAUCUUGACUGCUGCUCAUUGUCUUUAUUAUCCACCCUGGGACAAGAACUUAACUACAAAUGACAUCUUGGUGCGGAUUGGCAAGCACAUAAGGGCAAAAUAUGAAAAGAAUAAAGAGAAGAUUGCUCUGUUGGAUAAAAUCAUCAUCCAUCCCAAGUACAACUGGAAAGAGAACAUGGACCGAGACAUUGCACUCAUGCACUUGAAGAGACCAGUCAUCUUCAGUGACUACAUCCAUCCUGUCUGCCUGCCUACCAAAGAGGUUGUGCAGAGGCUGAUGUUGGCAGGUUUCAAAGGACGGGUAACUGGUUGGGGAAACUUGAAAGAAACAUGGGGCACUAGCCCAGGCAACCUCCCCACAGUUCUGCAACAGCUCAAUGUGCCAAUUGUAGACCAAGAUACCUGCAAAGCUUCCACCAAAGUUAAAGUCACUGACAACAUGUUCUGUGCAGGUUACAGUCCUGAAGACUCAAGGAGAGGAGAUGCCUGUGAAGGGGACAGUGGGGGACCUUUUGUAAUGAAGAACCCAGAUGACAGCCGUUGGUAUCAAGUGGGGAUAGUUUCAUGGGGAGAAGGCUGUGAUCGAGACGGCAAAUAUGGAUUUUACACCCACGUAUUCCGCCUGAAAAAGUGGAUGAGAAAAGCCAUUGAAAAACAUGGGCGAUAGAGGAAGCAUUUACCAUGCUUGCUCUUGGUUUUGUUACAAUGCUCCACUUCUUAAAAACAUAAGCAUAGAAGAUCCUGAAGUAAAAGUUAUAUCCUUACAACUCGACAAAGGAAAGCGGUCUCCCUUGAAAAUAAAAGUUCUCAAACCCAUCUUCUUCAUUUUGUUCAUGCUAAGUUUAGUUGCACUUCAAUCUAGGCCACCACAGUAGCCAGGAGUACCAAAAGAAUGGCAAUAGUCGUACUGCUAAUUACCUGUUGUGCUUCAAACAAAUUCUCCUCCCUUCUAUCAGCUAUAAUCAUCAACAGAUUUUAGACCUCAGAUGAUGGCCUUAAGUCAGUCAUAGUAAACACAAUUGUGCCCUCAGGCACUGUCUGUUUUCUCCCUUCAAGUCAACUCAUUUUCCGUUCUAGAAAUUGAGCCAGGAAUGUACUGGAGAUAAUCACCCUACAGUAACUGUGGCAUUACACAAGACUAAUACCAAUGUCAAAAGUAAAGCAACUAUCACUUGCUUUACAAGACAUCGUUCUCCGCUACAAUAGUGGGCAACAAAUACCAGCACCAGUGUUUGCAAGGUUAGCAUCUUAAGAAGUUAAGAUGCCAGCUGCAUGCAGUUCAUCCUAUAGAGGAAUACGGGCUUGAAUAUAUUGAAUAGUACUUCCAUUACUGUAUGGCAGUAACUUUCUACAUGGCAGGUGGUGCUGGGUCCUCAAAGCAUAUUUUCCACCUGCAUAGCAAGAUUCAGAAGGAAGCAAUUCAUGCACAGUCAUUGCCAAAGAGCCUUCAAUGGAAGCAUCCUGCACUACAUGCAUUUGGUUGUCUUAUAAAUCCCAUUUAGGGAUGACUCCCAAAAGAAGCUUCAGUUCUUUCAUGAACUCCUGUUUCACAGAAAUUUGUGGACCACUGAAGACCCAGCAGUAAACAUGUAUUCUUGACUACUCCAUUUGGUCAGCCUGAUUUUCUCUUAAAGUGAUCAUGAGACUUGGAAACUGUCCGUGCUCCAUACUCCUAAACUCCUUCACAGUGCCAUCAAGUCACAGACAUGGGCAACAGUGAAAUUUUUUGUGCUUCAUACAGAGUAUUAAGCAGCAGAGUGACUGUUGAAAAAGUGACAGUAGAGGUAAUAAUCUGAAAUUAGUUGGGUAUAAACAAAGUCAUUGAUCAACUACUGUCUGGCUACCUCCUUGAAGAUGGCUCAUUGGGGAAUCAACUUGAAGACAGCCCACUUUGCCUAAAGCAUGCACAAAAACAACCUCUCAAAAGACAUCUGAAGAAAGAAACCUCAAGAGCUCAAGUUCCACAACUGUUUAAAGUCAUUGAUAACCACAGGCAUUGGACACUGAAAAUGUUUAGCCCUUCUAAUGUUUACAUUUUUAGCCUCACAUUUUCACUGCUAUCUAACAAUCUGUGAGAAAUUGCACACCUAAGGAGGGGAACCAGGACC